CCCACAGCGAGGGGAGCGGGCGGCGGUGAGUAGGCGGCGGCCGGCCGGGCCGGGCCAUUUGGGCAGAGGCUGCUCGGGCAGGUCCGAGCAGGGCCGGGCGGGAAGCAGGCAGCCGAGCCGGGACCCCGCUUCGGAGCCCAAGCGAGGACUCCGAGGCCGCGGCCCCGCCUCCUCCCCGCCCGGCGCCCGCCGCUAGCGGGUCGCGCCCCGAGCUCCAAGCCGCGCCGGCUGGGCCGCGCCGGAGCCACAGCCGCAGCCGGAAACCGGCUCGAGCCGGGCCCGAGAGUGAAGCCCGGUCCCGGCGGCGCCCGGAGCCGGGCCUGAGCCCCGCGCGCCUCAUGGCGGGGCCUCGGGUCGCUCUGCUGGCCUGGUGCCGCCGCCAGUGCGAGGGCUACCGCGGCGUGGACAUCCGCGACCUGAGCAGCUCCUUCCGAGACGGCCUGGCCUUCUGCGCCAUCCUGCACCGGCACCGGCCCGACCUGCUAGAGUUUGAUUCACUUUCCAAGGACAAUGUCUUCGAGAAUAACCGUUUGGCCUUUGAAGUGGCUGAGAAGGAGCUGGGUAUCCCUGCUCUGCUGGACCCCAGUGACAUGGUCUCCAUGAGCGUCCCUGACUGCCUCAGCAUCAUGACCUACGUGUCCCAAUAUUACAACCACUUUGCCAGCCAUGGCCAAGCCGGGGUCUCAUCACCCAGAAAGGGCCUGGCAGCAUCCUCCCCGCCAUCCAAAGCACCCACUCCUGCGGAACCAGGAGACGGGGCUCAGGGUGACGAGUGCUCCUCGGGCAGCCUGUCGGAGCAGGGCGCCCACCGGACCCCCAGCAGCACGUGUGCGGCCUGCCAGCAGCACGUGCACCUGGUGCAGCGUUACCUGGCUGACGGCAAGCUGUACCACCGGCACUGCUUCCGGUGUCGGCGGUGCUCCAGCACCCUGCUCCCCGGAGCUUACAGGAGUGGGCCAGAGGAGGGCACCUUCGUGUGUGCGGAGCACUGUGCCAGGCUGGUCCCCAGUGGGCGGUCAGGGGCCAGGCCUGCACUUCCCCCACAGCCAAAGCAGCAGCAACUUACAGAAGAAGCCAAGGAUGUGGAGAGAGGCGGCCCCAGCCCUAAUGCGGCUGCAGGGGCCGAGGUGGACGUACCCAAGGCCGGCCCCGAGGACCGAUCCCAGAUCCCCACCAAGCCCUGGGUUCCCGGCAAACCACAGGAGCUGGCCAGCACCCCAGGCAGCCGCCCCACACCUGCCCCCAGGAAGGCCUCUGAGAGCACAGCCCUGACGCUCCCCACGCCCCGGCCCCGGUCCAGCCUGCAGCAGGAGAACUUGGUGGAGCAGGGAGGCGGCAGUGGCCUGGUGAAUGGGAAGCUGCAUGAACCCCCCAUCCCCAAGCCCAGAGGGACACCCAAGCUGUCAGAGAGGACACCAGCCCCCAGGAAAGACCCCCCAUGGAUCACACUGGUGCAGGCAGAGCCAAAGAAGAAGCCAGCCCCCCUGCCCCCGAGCGGCAGCCCCGGGCUGCCGCCACCAGGCCGGGAUAGCAGGCAGGUGGAGAACGGAGGUGUGCAUGAGGUGGCCCCAGGGGGCCCGGAGGUGGCUGGCCCGGAGCCCAAGCCCUACAACCCCUUCGAGGAGGCAGAGGAAGAGCCCCCAGCUGCACCCCGCCCGGCCACCGGCUCUGCCCCGACUCACCCAGAGUGCACACCCAAGUCCCUGCACCCCUGGUACGGCAUCACUCCCACGAGCAGCCCCAGGACAAAGAAGCGCCCUGCCCCCCGAGCACCCAGUGCGUCCCCCCUUGCUCUCCACACCUCCCGCCUGUCACACUCGGAGCCACCCUCAGCUACCCCGUCGCCAGCCCUCAGUGUGGAAAGCCUGUCAUCCGAGGGCUCCAGCCAGCCUCCAAGUGGGGAGCUUCUGGAGCCGCCAGUUGUGCCCAAGAGCUCCUCAGAGCCUGCUGUCCAUGCCCCUGGCACCCCUGGGACCUCGGCCAGCCUCUCUGCCAACUCCUCCCUGUCCUCCUCUGGGGAGCUGGUGCAGCCCAGUGUGGACCGGACACCUCAAGCCAGCCCUGGCCUUGCUCCCAAUACUAGGGGCAGCCCAGGUCCCCCUCCAGCCAAGCCCUGCAGUGGCACUGCUCCCACCCCUCUCGUGCUGGUUGGAGACAAGAGUCCUGUGCCUUCGCCUGGAACCUCAUCCCCGCAGCUCCAGGUAAAGUCUUCCUGCAAGGAGAAUCCUUUUAACCGGAAGGCAUCACCCACGGCGUCCCCAACCGUAAAGAAGGCCACCAAGGGCUCCAAGCCAGCGAGACCGCCUGCCCCAGGACACGGCUUCCCGCUCAUCAAACGCAAGGUUCAGGCUGACCAGUACAUCCCCGAGGAGGACAUCCACGGAGAGAUGGACACCAUCGAGCGCCAGCUGGAUACCCUGGAACACCGUGGGGUCCUGCUGGAGGAGAAGCUGCGUGGUGGAGUGAAUGAGGGCCGUGAGGAUGACAUGCUGGUGGACUGGUUCAAGCUCAUCCACGAGAAGCAUCUGCUGGUUCGGCGGGAGUCCGAGCUCAUCUAUGUCUUCAAGCAGCAGAACCUGGAGCAGCGCCAGGCCGAUGUGGAGUAUGAGCUCCGGUGCCUUCUCAACAAGCCAGAAAAGGACUGGACAGAGGAGGACCGGGGCCGAGAGAAGGUGCUGAUGCAGCAGCUCGUGACCCUCAUCGAGCAGCGCAACGCCAUCGUCAACUGCCUAGAUGAGGACCGGCAGAGGGAGGAAGAGGAAGAUAAGAUGUUGGAAGCCAUGAUCAAGAAGAAAGGUAGGGCCCCUCCUGGGGCUCCGGCCCACUUGAACUCCUGGAGGGUGGGGGAGUUCCAGAAGGAGGCUGAACCCGAGGGCAAGAAGAAGGGGAAGUUCAAGACCAUGAAGGUGCUGAAGCUGCUAGGAAACAAGCGUGAUACCAAGAGCAAGUCCCUGGGAGACAAGAGCUAACAGCGCGGGCUGCCAGCUGGGGACUCCACCGCUCCUGGCUCGGCCCCCGGGCUGUGCUCUGCCAGGGAUGCCCGGCUUCCCUUCGGGAUCAGUCGAGGGGAAAGAUGACUUAAGGGGAGGGAGCCUCUGGGUGAUGGCCUCUCCCUCCUCAGGGUCCUCUGGCUGGUCUGGGCUAAAGAGUUUUCUUCCCUCUCCUCUGAGCCACCGGCAGCUGCGCCUCAGCCCUGCGCAGCCUGGUUUUGAUGACCCCAGAUGCUGUGACUGACCCCGGGAGCGAGCUGGCUCGUGGGUCCGGGGAGCGGCCGCAGCCGAGCACCCCGCCCCUCGUCGCCCCCAGCACCUGGCCUGCCGUGCCGGCAGCUCCGUGGUCCCUCUUCCCUUCUGUAGCACGUGCAGGGGAGCCUUACCUGUCAGAGUCUUUGGGUCUUUCUGCCCACGAGGUCGGCCCGGGGUGGACCUCUGGCCUGGGUCUCCCGCUCCUGCCCUCGUUCUGAGUCCCUGUCUUCCUUUCGGUGCAGGCGGCCCUGACUCUCUCCUCACUCAGGACCUCUAUUUAUGAAGUCUCUUAAUUAAGUUCGAGGUAGUUACUGUGUCCUUAGACACGAAUGGGCCUGGACGGAUCCCGCCCUCUGUUCCUCAGAGUUCUAGGAGCUUCCGUCAUCUGCCCUCAUUCUGUAGGAGGUCUCCCUGUCCAGGACACCGUGCUGGAGUGGGUGGGAGCUGAGUGCUGAGCCCCUGCAGGGGGGGUCCCGGGGAGGCAGGCCCCAGCUGCAGUUCUGGCCCCUGCCCCGCAGCCAGAUCAGCAGCAGGCGGGGCUGCUGCCGUAGGUGCUAACCCUGGUCCUUUACCACGCUGCAGCCGGCCCCUCCUUUAGGCUCUCCCCGUCACCCCAGGCCUGGGGCGCAGCGGACCCA